GUAAGUGCAGUCAACAGUUUCAGAGUCAGUACUGGCUGUACGCUAAUCAACAUCGGUUCUCGUAAUGGCAAUCGCAACGCUAUCCCUGCUGAUUAUAGGUCUUUGGCUGUUUGUGUGUCUGGAAACGGCCUUGUCACUGACUGUGCCGUCACAUAAUUGCGGGGAUCUGUUCAGCUAUAUGCGUCGACCGGAUGGUUCCCUCAUCGGAGUGUUUACACCCCUCCAGGAUGGACUCACCAGUCUCGAUUGGUCUGUGACGUUCACGGCACAUGGCUCCGAUCAGACGCACACUGUGAGCAGCAUGGGGGGCUAUCCCGACAAAGAGAGCGCCUUCGAAAAGAUGCGAAGUGGCGGGCGGGGGCAGGCCUUUGUGAGAUUCCAGGACUACGGCAACGAGCUGCCCAAGCUGAUCAGGGUGGAGCUCAAUGAUCACGUUUACUGCAGUGUCUCGGAUUACGAUGCACCCUCCAGUACAAUGAGACGCGGCUGGACGGCAUCUGUCUCGGGCAGCAGCGCCCCUAGAGCUCCAGCGACGAUGCCAACGCGCAGCAGCCCAAGGACUCCAGCGACGAUGCCACCACACUUCUCCACGGGCACCAAUCCCUUCCUGAAUAGAGCCAGAACGAGCACACAGUUGACGGUUGCUCCACGAAUCGACCCCGAUCUGUCAGAGUGCGGCGUGGAAGGGUUUGCGGCUGCCCAAGCCGGAGGCGAGACCAUAACCCGAGGACGAUUCCCCUGGCUGGGCGCUCUCUAUGAAGACAACGGCCCAACGCUCAAGUACAGCUGCGUCGUGUCGUUGGUUUCCAAGCGUACGGUGAUCACGGCGGCUCACUGCAUCCACGGAAAGAAAGCGCUGGACAUUUGGGUCUAUGUGGGACGGCAUGACCGCAACACCCAUCCCGAGAGCGGAGCCACACUUAUACGCGCUUCGAGCACUCGCACACCGUCGCAGUACGACGGCAACCCAGUGCCCGACUCGGAUGUGGGCAUCGUUGUGCUCGACACUGAGGUGGUCUACACCAACUACAUUCGACCCAUCUGCCUGUGGACAUCGCGCACGUCACUGCCGGCCAAUGAGGGCGAUGUGGGCGCCGUCGCCGGCUGGGGCUUGGACGAAAAUGCCGUGGAGACGCGCUACCCCAAGGCCGUCAAUGUGCGCGUAGUCACCCGGGAGCAGUGCCUGACGGACAUGAAGCGAGCGGAGGACUUCAUCACGCCCAACACUCUGUGCGCCGGCAACAGCAAUGCCCACGGCCCCUGCCUGGGCGACUCUGGUGGUGGUCUGAUGAUCAUGCGCAACGGCCACUGGACACUCAGGGGCAUCGUCGCUCUGGCGCCGCGAAAGGGACUGAUAUGCGAUCUGCGCAAAUAUGUAAUCUACUGUGACAUUGCCAAGCAUCUCACAUGGAUCGAGAGCAACAUAGUGUACUAGAGCGGCAGUGGAGUGACUGAUGAGUGAGGUGAGAGAUGAAUGAGAAUGAAUUUCCCGCCCCAAAGUGUAGUAAAAUAUGGAU